AUGCGACCGACCAAAUCUUUUCAAGAACCAGAUGAGGAGGUUAGUGAUAUAUUAUUGCAUUUCUUUGCCUUUUUUUAGUUUCUUGGGAUAUUAUUUUUGUCUAUGAUUUCCAAGUUUGAGUAGAUAUGCAGCCUAUUUUGUGAAUGAUAUGCAGUAUGUACUGGGUUCACAACUCACAAAAAGAACAAAUGCUGAGUGAAUGUUACAAAUGCUUCAGUGAAUGUUACAAAUGCUGAAUGAAUGUUACAAAUCUUUAUGCAGCUGAACUGAGUAAUAUUUUGUUGUUUUAGCUGAAUCCAGAUAUUAUUGGAGAUAGUUCAGAUUCAGAAAAUGAAAAUAGCCUUGCUCAAACUUCAAGUGCUCAGGAAAAAAGUGAUCAACAUUGUGGGCGAAGGCCGGGCAGAGGAAGAGGGCAUGGCAGUGGACAUAAACGGGGACGAGGGAAAAGUGGGCGAGGAAAGGUAAGACAAAAAAAUAAAUCAACAAAGAGAAAAAAAAGGGGGAAAGGGAUGGUGAUACUAAUUGGAAAGAUGGUGCUGGUGUUUAUAACAAUCCAAACAUUGCAACACCAUUUCAUGAAAUACCAGGUCCUUGCAGAUUGGCAACUGGUCAAAAGUCUCCACUUGAUUUCCUGAAAUUGUUUUUCACUGUGCAGAUGUUUGAAGUGAUAAUGACCGAGACAAAUUUAUAUCGAGAACAGUGUCAAAAUGCAAAACCAUCACCAGCUCUUUGGACAGAUGUGACGGUUGAAGAAAUCAUGGCAUUUAUGGGAGUCGUUAUUGCAAUGGGAAUGACACAUCUCCCUGAGGUAUUCGAUUAUUGGAGAACAGAACCUAUUUUGUCCAUGCCAUGGUAUUCUAGCAUUUUUUCAAGAACCAGGUUUCUACUGAUAAGUAGAUACUUGCAUCUUGCAGAUAAUACAAUGCAACCUGAAAGGGUACAUCCCAGUUACAAGCUAUUCAAGUUGGGUCGUAUUCCUGAAAUGUUAUGUCAAACAUUCAAAUCUUUGUAUGUCCCUACAAGAAACCUCAGUAUCGAUGAGCAAAUGAUUGGAACCAAGUGCCGG